CCCACCAAUAGGUUUUAUACUCCAUCAUCUUCUCUUUGUAUCUCUCUCCAUGGAAGACCAAACAACCUCACAAGUAUCCAUCGCCGCCGUAGCGGCCGCCUUACCGCCGUGUAUUUCCGACGAGGGCUUUUACCUAAAAGGGUUCAAGAGCAGUACUAAAAUUGAUCUAAAAAACAACAACAACAACUACCAAGGGACGACGACGUCGUAUAGGGGAGUUAGAAUGAGAGCUUGGGGCAAAUGGGUGUCGGAAAUCCGAGAACCGAAGAAGAAAUCAAGAAUAUGGUUAGGAACAUAUCGUACGGCCGAAAUGGCAGCUCGAGCCCAUGACGUGGCAGCUCUAGCUAUCAAGGGUAAAUUGGCUUACCUUAAUUUCCCCGAAUUGGCACAUGAUCUUCCCCGUCCUGUAACCACUUCUCCCAAGGACAUUCAGGUGGCAGCCGCCGCCGCCGCCGCCACUUUUGAAACGAAGCAAACCCGACCCGCCGCCAAGAUUAAUAAUUCUUCCACAAUAUCGGAUGACACUUCAAAUGAAUCAUCGAAUUCUGUCGAUGAUGAUCAGUCUGUUUUUGACCUUCCUGAUCUUUCAAUGGAUUCAGGGGAUCGGAAUGAUGAGUGUCGCCGCCGGUACAGUUAUACAUCGUCGCCGUGGCAGAUGGCCGGAGCCGAUAAUGGGUUUUGGCUGGAUCAUGAACCGUCGUUAAUUCUUUGGGAGUAUGAAUGAUUAGCGUAUUUUAAUCUUUUGUUACCUCGAUGAUUGAACGGUUCUAACUUACAAUUUUUUACUUGUCCCUACAAUCCACUAUUGUGUAUUUUUUUUUUUUUGUGUCCUAAAUCAUGUCUUCGAUUAUGAUGUUAACAAGUGA